AUGAAAGGACAAGGACGAAUGGAUUUAGCUGGUGACUUAGUGAAGGCGAGCGACACUCAAGGCACCAUAGCAGAUAUUGAUGCGGCUCCUCUUCCCUCUCCAACUGCACAAAACUCCGCUGUAAAAGCUCGUAGUUUGGCGGCCGGGCAAGUGGACCGCAUCGUUGCUGCCGCUGUGCCCGCUGGUAUGCAUGUUGCUCGCGACGCGCGCAUAGCGAUGCAGAAGGCCGCAACAAUAUCGCUUCUGUACCUUUCAUGUCUUGCAGAUGACGAACACUCUCGUGAGUCGAGGCGAAGGGUAACGCUUUCCGCUAAUGACAUAAAAACCGCACUGAAGGCUGGUGGGAUGGGACAUUUGGUGCCACUCCUGCCAACGGGUCAGGUGAAGCGUGGUCGAUGA